AUGGCGAUUGGCGUCAUCGAGGGGCCGCUCUACGACACGGGUAACUGCCGCACCCUCGUCUUUGCUGGCUUCAUGCUCACCAGCAUCUCAACCCGCUACUGGCAGCUGUUCCUCGCCCAGGGCGUCUGCACGGAGCUUGGCACCUGCUGCCUCACUAUCCCCUCAAUUGCCAUUGUGCCCAUCCAUGGCCACGGCGACCGUGGGCAGCGGCCUCGCGCCACGCUCUACCCGCUCAUCUGUGAGCGGGCGAGGGUCAGGCUCGGUUUUGGCUGGGCGGUGCGCAUCAUGGGCUUUGUCGCCCUCGCAUGGUGUCUGUUCGCGUUCGCCAUCAUCAAGCCGCGCGUGCAGCAGCAGCAGCAGCAGCAGCAGCAGCAGCAGCAGCAACCGCGCUCACGAGCGACCACCUCAACAUUCCGCCUCGGCAUGGUUUCCAUCAUCAAAGGCGCGGGCUCGCUCAUCGGGCCCCCGAUAUCCGGCGCCAUCGUGAACGCGACGGGGGCAGUACCUCGGCGUGCAGCUGUUCGUGGUCUUUGGCAUCAUGAUCACGGCGGUGGUGUCGGUGGCGAUGCGCGUGGACGUGGCGAGGAUGGAGAUGAAGGCAGAAAACGAGGAUACGACGCGGCACAUAGCUUUAGAGACGGGGAUCUUGCAGAGUAG